CUCCGGCUCCCGGGAAGCCGCGAGUUUCCGCGGGGAGGCGGCGGCAGCAGCUGCGGCCGGGCAGGCGGGUCUGCAGCCUGUGCUGAGUCAGCACUACUCACAAGGCGAGCGAUGCCUGGUCUGCAUUGGCACAACAUGAGUGUGCCGUGGUCAGCCAGCCCAGGAGCUCAACCUCACCCAGAGUGCAGCCUGCCGCUCUGAUGCCGAAGGGGAGGCGGGGAGUGCCACACUUGGAUGCCCGCCUGGGCUUGCCCACCUGCCUCUGGCUGGAGUUCGCCGGGCUCUUCUUACUGGUCCCCUGGGUCAUGGGCCUGGCAGGGGCAGGUGGGCCUGAGGCCCAGCAUCCACAGGGGCUAAGCUGGGCUGUGCACCUGCACAGCCGGGCCGAUGAGAGGGAGGAGAAGACCCUGGAACAGCGGGCAGACGCUCUGGCGCAGGCGGCAGGCCUGGUGAAUACCGGACGCAUCGGGGAGCUCCAUGGGCACUACCUCUUUGUCCAGCCCGCCGGGCACAGGCAGACCAUGGAGGUGGAGGCCAUCCGGCAGCGGGCAGAGGCUGCGCUGGCCGGCCACGAAGAUGUGCGCUGGCACUCAGAGCAGAGGCUGCUAAAGCGGACCAAGCGCAGUGUCCACUUCAACGACCCCAAGUACCCCCAGCAGUGGCACCUGAAUAACCGGCGGAGCCCCGGCAGGGACAUCAACGUGACGGGUGUGUGGGAACGCAAUGUAACCGGGCGAGGAGUGACAGUCGUGGUGGUGGAUGACGGAGUGGAGCACACCGUCCAGGACAUUGCGCCCAACUACAGCCCAGAGGGUAGCUACGACCUCAACUCCAAUGACCCUGACCCGAUGCCCCACCCAGACGUGGAGAAUGGCAACCACCAUGGCACACGGUGUGCGGGAGAGAUCGCUGCGGUGCCCAACAACAGCUUCUGUGCGGUGGGCGUGGCGUACGGCAGCCGCAUAGCAGGUAUCCGGGUGCUGGACGGACCGCUCACAGACAGCAUGGAGGCGGUGGCAUUCAACAAGCACUACCAGAUCAAUGACAUCUACAGCUGCAGCUGGGGACCAGACGACGAUGGGAAGACAGUCGACGGCCCCCACCAACUUGGAAAGGCUGCCUUGCAACAUGGAGUGAUGGCUGGUCGCCAGGGCUUUGGGAGCAUCUUUGUGGUAGCCAGCGGCAACGGGGGCCAGCACAACGACAAUUGCAACUACGACGGCUACGCCAACUCCAUCUACACCGUCACCAUAGGUGCGGUGGACGAGGAGGGGCGGAUGCCCUUCUACGCAGAGGAGUGUGCCUCCAUGCUGGCGGUCACCUUCAGCGGAGGGGACAAGAUGCUGCGCAGCAUUGUGACCACUGACUGGGACCUUCAGAAGGGCACUGGCUGCACCGAGGGCCACACGGGGACCUCGGCUGCGGCGCCCCUGGCAGCCGGCAUGAUAGCCUUAAUGCUGCAGGUGCGGCCUUGCCUCACGUGGCGGGACGUCCAGCACAUCAUCGUCUUCACAGCCACCCAGUAUGAAGAUCGCCAUGCAGACUGGGUCACCAACGAGGCGGGCUUCAGCCACAGCCACCAGCAUGGUUUCGGCCUGCUCAAUGCCUGGAGACUUGUUAACGCAGCCAAGGUCUGGACCUCUGUCCCCUACUUAGCUUCCUACGUCAGCCCUGUGAUAAAGGAAAACAAGGCCAUCCCGCAGACACCCAGUGCCCUGGAGGUCCUGUGGAAUGUCAGCAGGACGGACCUGGAGAUGUCGGGGCUGAAGACGCUGGAGCACGUGGCGGUCACAGUCUCCAUCACCCACCCACGUCGCGGCAGCCUGGAACUGAAACUGUUUUGCCCCAGUGGCAUGAUGUCCCUCAUUGGCGCGCCACGCAGCAUGGACUCGGAUCCCGGUGGCUUCAGUGACUGGACCUUCUCUACUGUGAGAUGCUGGGGGGAGCGGGCCAGAGGGGUCUACAGGCUCGUGGUGAGGGAUGUAGGAGAUGAGUCACUCCACGUCGGCGUUCUCCAGCAGUGGCAGCUGACCCUAUAUGGCUCUGUGUGGAGUCCGGUAGACAUCAGGGACAGACAAAGGUGCGUCCAGCUACAUGCGUCAGGAGAAGGCAGCUCGUGGGGGAUGGGCAGGAGGACCCCAGCUGUGCUCCCUGGGCCGGGAAGCCGCCCUAUACCCCUGCCCUCCUUGCUGUGGGGUGGGAGUGUGGGUGGAAGGUGGUAUGGGAAGCACCGUGUAGGGCAUCCUGGUCCCUUCCUGCCACACAGGCUGUUGGAAAGUGCCAUGAGUGGGAAGUACCUGCACGAUGGCUUCAGCUUGCCCUGCCCCCCCGGGCUGAACAUCCCUGAGGAGGACGGUUACACCAUCACCCCUAACACCCUCAAGACGCUGGUGCUGGUGGGCUGCUUCACCAUCUUCUGGACCAUCUACUACAUGCUGGAAGUGUACCUGAGCCAGAGGAGUGUGGCUGCCAGCUCAGCCUGUGGGCGUGGACCCUGCCACUGGCCCCACCGGAGCCGAAAAGCCAAGGAGGAAGGGACAGAGCUGGAGUCAGUGCCGCUGUGCCACAGCAAGGAUCUCGGCGGCGUGGAGACAGAGAGCGGGGGCCCCCCCGCCGGCCCUGGCCUCCUCGUCCCCGACCCGCUGGUCCAGAGCAGCAAGAGUGCCCCGGACUGCCCCCCGGACCUGCCACAGCGAAGGGAGGAGCAGAUCUGCUGACCUCGGAGCCUGGCAGGCUCCCUGUGGGACAGGCUCUUCCCCAACGGAGGAGCCGAGAAGCCUGCUCCUGCCUGCCGGGGCUCUGGGAGAGAGGCCUCCGCGGCUUCCUCCGGCUACGCUCAGGGACGGGGGGGACCUUCCUAAGGUGCCACUGGCAGAGGACUGGAGCCAGAGAGUGGUCUGGCACGCGCCGCAGGUCUCCUCCAGCUCAGCAGGAGCUGCUGGCGGGACGGUCUCGGACAAGGCGUUGGUGCCCCAUUGGGCAGGCCUCCAUCCCCGGGUGAGAAGGUGCCUGCCAUGGCCAGGAGAGCAUCUCAGCAGAGGCAUCUCUGGGGUCACUCAGAAAGGGGGUGGGGGACAAGGGGAGAUGGGGCAGAGCACCGGAUGGACACGCCCCCUGCCUCCCUUCCCGAUCAGAAGCCAGCCUAGAACACGGCCUGCCUCCCACCCCGGUACCCCUCCCCUGCAUCUUUCCGAAGGAUUGGUACGAGGCUUCCGCCCCGGGUUGGGGGGGGGGGCUGGGACUCAGCUUCCCAGGCCUGUGACGCUGCCUCUGGGAAGUCGAAGUACAGAGGAGCAGGUGCCACUCCGGGCCAUGACCACCCUGUCUUCCUCUGCAGCCGCUCAGGGAAAUGGCCCUCCCCUGGGGCCAGCUGUCCCCUCACGGGCUGGGCCUCUUCCUCCCACUGUUGGCCUCGCCCUUCUUCUGAGCUAAACGGUGGAUCUGAAUUUUCUUUUUUAAAUGCUUGAGUUUUGGCUUACUCUUUUCACAGCAACAUUUUGUUGAAUUUUUUUCCGCCCAGCUUUUCCAAAAUAAAAACCUUCCAAA